AUGCUAUGUGAGACCACCACAAUCUCACUAUCCGUCGACUAUUGCGACCGGUCUGAGGUACUAGCGUGCAAAGAGGGUGCAGAAAUUGCUGAGCAUUCCGAAAGCAUCCCAAACACACAACAAGAGGUUAUUCUUUGGGAUGUAUGGGUGUCGCGGUCCUUUAAAGUUCGAAACUCAGACUGGAAUCGAGACGAAAAUGCAUUUCAGUAUGUAUACCAGCCAUUCUUGAUGCUUUCUCAGCCUGCUGUUCUCGUGACGACUAUUGUAUUCGGCCUAACGAUUGGAUGGACCGUUGCCCGCUCCUUUGUCUUUUCCAAUGUCUUCCAAGAGCCACCUAUGUUGUGGACUGCAAGAGCUAUCGGCUUUUUCAAUAUUGCUCCUUUGACUGGACUGAUUGUCGCCUCACUGGCUAGCGAAUGCGAGAAGGCUAGUUUUCUCGGCUCCGCUCGCUUGGGGUCUGGCUUGAUCGUCGCUCGCCUACCUGAUGGCCGCUGGUCUGCCCCAUGUGCUCUGAUGACCGGAGGGGCUGGGGUUGGGGGCCUCUUUGGCUUAGAGCUGACAGAUUUUGUUUUUGUUCUUACAAGCGAUGAGGCCGUGAAUGCGCUGGCUACAUUUGGUUCGUUAACUUUGGGAUUAAAUAUAUCGAUGGCUGCCGGCCCUAUGGGACGUACUGCCGAGGCAACUGGUACAGCUAGUAGGAAAGGCGUGGCGAGCAUGCUCUCAUACUCUAAGACUCGCGGCCUGUACGGCGGUGUCUCGCUUGAAGGCGGAGUCCUGCUGGAACGGGCCGAUGCAAAUAAGAAGAUUUAUGGACGGAAAGUCACCGCAAAGGAGUUGCUCCGUGGGGACAUCACGCCGCCCCCAGAAACUGCGUCACUUAUGCGGACUCUGAACUCGCCGUGUUUCUCUUCUGAGCCUGCUGUUGUGUCUCCGGUUGAAGCUACUACAGAUAAUCGUCCGAACAAUGUUCAGACGGAAAGCGUGGCGUUACCUUCUCAAACGCCAUAUGUGCCACCCACGGGAACCUAUGAGCCCAAUGGCCAGAUUUCUCCUCAAAGGGCUGAGCUGCAUACUGACCCUCCAUCUGAUACCUUCGAACUGUCAGGUGGUGACCCGCAGGACAGGCCCGUUGAGUUGGAGUCUACUGUUUCACCUUUAUCUCAGCUACCUCCGCAAACUACUGGCGAUACCUGGCCGCCAUCUGUAUCACCGCUAUCCGCCUCGGAUAUGCCUCAUACCCCACAUGAAGCUACAGCCCGGGGGCCUUGA